CGCGAACGACUACCGCAAUCCUCGACUUUCACAACCAAAACUCAAGCACACUCUCGCUUCUGAUAGAAGCGAUAACCGCCCUUCUUUUUCUUGCAAAUCACCACAAUCCUUGUCAUUUGUAACCGCAUUAGUUAGCCUUUCGUCUUGCGAUGGCGGAAGAAGUCUCCGAGAAGGGCGGCCUCAGUGCCAGCGAUGGCGCGAAGCGAAAUGUGAAGGAAGUGACAGAUCUCUCAGUGGAGCAUGGCGCGAGGGAAGUAACCAAUGCGCACGAGGCGGCGCUUGGUGAGGCUGCAGAUCUCUAUGGCGACAUUCAGACGGCGGAGGAGUAUGGAUACGUCGAGAGAGGACUGAAGUCGCGCCAUAUCCAGUUCAUCGCGCUCGGUGGAACCAUCGGUACAGGCCUGUUUCUGGGUAUCGGUACUGCGUUCGCAGACUCGGGUCCGGUUUCCGUCCUUCUUGGGUACACUUUCACGGGCAUGGCCAUCUUCGCCAUGAUGCAGAGUCUGGGUGAGAUGGCGACUUGGCUCCCUCUGCCUGGUGCAAUUCCACAAUACUGCGCGCGCUAUGUCGAUCCCGCGCUUGGUUUCGCAGUGGGAUGGAACAACUGGUACCAAUGCUCCAUCACCCUCUGCGCAGAAAUCUCCGCCGCCGCUGUGCUGAUCUCGUUUUGGGACCAAGACGAGUCCAUCAACCAGGCCGUGUGGAUCUCCAUCAUCAUUGUGCUCAUCGUCGCCUUGAACAUCUUCGCCGUCGCCAUAUACGGCGAAGCCGAGUUCAUCUUCGCCAGCAUCAAGAUCAUCACCAUCAUUGGCCUACUCCUCCUCGCCUUCAUCAUCAUGCUCGGCGGUGGCCCAACGCAUGACCGUCUUGGAUUUCGAUAUUGGAAGGAAGGCGCCAUGAAGGAGUACAUUGGCCAUGGCGAUACCGGGCGAUUCACCGGUCUCUGGCGGACUUUGGUCAAUGCAGCCUUCUCCUAUGGUGGAGUGGAAAUGGUUGCCGUGGCCGCUGGAGAGGCUGCCAAUCCGCGGAAGAAUAUCCCCAAGGCCGUCAGGCGUGUGUUUUGGCGUAUUCUUUUCUUCUACGUCCUGGGAUCAUUUUUCAUCGGUGUCACGGUCAGCUCCAAUGAUCCGGACCUCACCAACGAGGAUGCAAAAGGCGCCCAGAGCUCACCCUGGGUCAUCGCGAUCAAGAACGCCGGCAUCCCCGUCCUCCCACACAUCAUCAACACGGUUAUCCUGACCUCGGCUACAUCAUCCGGAAAUGCCUUCCUGUACACCGGCUCCCGCUACCUCUUCGGCGUUGCGCAGAACGGCCAAGCACCCCGAUUCCUUUUGAAGUGCUCCAAGAAGGGCGUUCCGUACUACUGCGUCGGCAUCACGGCCGCCAUCUCGCUCAUCACGUACAUGAGCGUCUCGGCCGGUGCCAAUCAGGUAUUCCUCUGGUUCCAGAACUUGACCACGAUCGCCCAGCUCUUCACCUGGUGCAGCGUGUGCAUCACAUACACGCGCUUCCGCAUGGCGCUCAUCGCCCAGAACGUCGACCGCAACUCGUUGGUCUUCAAGUCCCCCUGGCAGCCAUAUACUGCCUGGGUAGCCUUUGGCUACUUUGCCUUGAUCAUCUUCUUCAACGGCUUCGCCGUCUUCACGAAGAAGAACUGGGGCUCCGAUGAGUUGACGUCCUUCUUCACGGCGUACAUCGGCGUGCCCAUUUUCUUCGGCCUCUACGGGUUCUGGAAGCUGUUCAAGCGGACCAAGGUCGUGAGGCCCGAGGAAGCGGAUAUUACGUCCGGGAAGGCGGCGCUGGAUGCGGAGGUUUGGCCCGAGCAGGUUCCGAGGAAUUGGUUGGAGAAGUUCUGGUUCUGGCUGGUGUAGGGGGUGCGUGAGGAUGGAGGAACGGAGUUUUGCUUGAUGGUCAUUCGUUAAAGAUACGGAAAGGAGUUGGGAGCGAGACUAUGUCGGUGUAAUAAAGGGUGAUGAAGAUAUUAUCGUGGCGGCGUUCUUAA